AUGUGUUUAGUCAGCAAAGUGUCAGUUGAAAGACAAGAUGACGAGAUCCAGUGUUUGAUUGAUAAUCUUGCCCAACAAUAUCAGAAUGCAUUAUUUCCACCAACGUCUGAGAUAGAUCUGUCAUCAAAUGUUGCACCAGUAGAUGUAUAUUCAACUAUUCCUGAGCACCAGCAGAAUGCCAGGCAAGAAAAUGAAUCAACAGUCUUAACAAACAUUGAUCAAAUUUUAACAAAAACAUCUAUUAAUGUCAAUACUGCUCAAUACACUGCUGCAUUUGCUUCAAACGAGAACGGUUCUGCUAUUGAUCUCUUCAUCGUUUUAUUUACGAUGAACCCAUCAACUGCAGCAGCCGUUCUUGAUAUUUUUGAAGUACUUGCGGCUGCAGCUAAUUGCAGUCGUUCAAUUACACAAAUGGGUUCAAUCAAAAGCCCUGCACAUGCUGGACCAAACAUUACGAAUGAAGACCCUUAUCCGUUGUUCACGUUGGACGCAAAACGAUAG